GUUGGACCCUGGAAGGAACACACUGCUACUGGUUUGUGAGCUCUGAGCUUGGCCUACAGGGAGCUCGCGAAACGUGCAAGGACUUUGGCUCAAAGUUGCUGAUGGUGCGAGAUGAGGUGGAGGCCAUGGAGAUCGGUCGCCUGGCCAUGUCCAACUUCACAGGACAGUCGCACUUCUGGAUUGGCAACGGUUACGCCCUCGGUUCCGAGUUCCACAAAGCGAGUUCUGGCAGCUUCAGCAGUGGUAACUACGACAAUACAGCGGUUCGUCAGUGGGUCAUUCAAGGAGGGCCAGGGGAGGUCCUCAAACUUACCAUCGACUCACUAGACAUAGAAUCCGGGGCCGACAUUCUCAGAGUCUACUCGGGAGGUCGGACUAUCAGAGCCAGUAAACUCCUGCAAGAAUUCAGUGAGCCCACAGUAGGCAGCGUCGUGAUUCGAGGGAUCAACAACUUCUUCAUCGUCCGACUCCUGUCAGAUGGUUCGGUGACAAAAGGAGGCGUGUCUGCUCAUUGGGAGUUAGACACAGAGCGCCAGUCCACAGUGGCAGAGGUUGCUGUGACUAAUGUUGAAACCGUUGUGUAUUCAAUCACUACCCCUGUGAAGACGCCUCCUUACAAGAGAGAGUGGUUGUUUACGACUGCACCAGGCCAAAUCAUUAUGCUUACGGCGACGGCAGAGAAAGGCUGGGACAUUGAUGAAGUGGACCUAGUUACCGUCAACCAGGGACUGAGGAUCACGAUGGACAAAGAUCGACUGAUAUACCUGUCCAAUACAAAUGAAUUUCGACUCAUAGCAAUGGAUCUGGAUGGAAUGAAGAAACUAUCCCUCUCAGCAAUACAAGAAUGCCCAGACCUUUCGUCCCCAAACAUUCAAAGAAAUGACGAAGCCGGCCGCAAAGCUGGAGAAUCCUACUCCGUAAACAUCACGUGCGAGCUGGGCUACAGCUUCGUCCAGGAAGAGUACGCCCGAACAGGCCUAGUCCAAGCGACCUGUAACAAGGACGGCAUGUGGGACUGGGGCUCAGAGAGCUACACGCGGAUGCCUACCUGUCAGAUCGUGUACUGCGGCCUCCCCCCUACCAUCAACAAUGGCGUCCUGAACGUAACGAGCGGGGCUGUCACUAACGGCAGCACGGUGUCCUACGAAUGCUUCCGGGGCUUCCGUCAGACCGGCCCUGAGGUGGUCACGUGCUCUCCUGAUGGAACCUGGACCGAGAGGCCAACGUGCGAAGCCCAAAGCUGCCAGCUGGAAAUGAUCUACAAAGGCGAGCUCACCUGGGCAGAGCAGGGUUCCAGACUACCUCUGUUCGGCGAGAUAGUUACCUUGACGUGUGAGGCAGGCUUUGUUGUCAACCGAACCGGAAGCAAAGAGGCGAACUUGACCUGCGCAGCUGGGAGACAACUGAGCGUCACGGAUGGCGACAUUUGUGUUGACAUGGAUGAGUGUCAGAAGCCGGACAUCUGCGUGGGUGUCGCGGACUGCAUCAACACGGUUGGUGGUUACAAGUGUGUCUGUCAGCCUGGCUAUGGCGGUGACAACUGCACAGAGCUGACAUGCAUGCAGCCAGCGUCUGACGUCUUGGGUCUGGAAGCGUUCCGAGUCCCCCAGAUUGGAAACAUCAUGGCGGGCCAGACUCUGAUUAUUGGCUGCAUGGCGGACAACGGUAGCGGGGAGAUCGGGAACCGAACUCUGCACUGUGCCCCAGAUCCGAACGACCCCAAACAGUUCAUCCUGCAAGGCGAUGACCCGAUUUGUCCAGUGGUUGACUGUGGUGACCCUUGGCCAAUCCCUGGUUCUAUGCCGGUGACCCCCAAUACAACCAGAUACGGCGGCACCUUUGAGUUCAUGUGCGACUCGAGCAUAGGCUUCACACAGAACAUGGGGGGCGUGUCAGCGCUGGGGAACCAGACGGUGCAGUGUCUGAACAGCGGGAGGUGGGGCUAUGGGAAUCUCACCUGUGAAGAGCUCACCCCAGCACAAUAUUUUUACUCAGUGGUUGUGAACUAUCUAUUAUCGGAUGUUCUGGCUCCGUUCCCCGACGAGUGUGCGGGAAAUCAGAGCGCAAACCUGGCGACUAGAAUCGAAGCCGCUGCUCCGGUGUGCAAGAGCUACAAAUACAGAAUUAAGGGAGCGGCAGACACUCGUGGAACAGGCCCUAAUACGGCGAGUAGUACUUUUGAAAUGGAAGUUACCAACAGCGAUGGAAACUUAACUGCAUUAAAAGACUGUGUCACAGAAAUUCGGGCACAUUCUACCGAGCUAUUCGGGGCAAGCCCAAAUGUGGCAGAUUGCAAAACACCAUGGACUGUCCAGAACAUCGGGACGUUGACUGCACCAGACACUUUCAGCUGCAAUGAGACAAAGUCACUGACAAAUGAGGAUGGCAUCACUAAGUGUUUACCAUGCGGCCCCGGCAACUUCUACAACAGCAGCGGCGGUCAAGGUUGUCUGCAGUGCGCGGAUGGAACGUUCCAGAACAGAGAGGGCCAGCUGAUGUGUGAGCAGUGUCCUGAGAAAAAUGGCGUGCCUGUCGAGAGGUCCAGUCUGCCGCGCGUGAGUGCAGCUCAGUGUGCAGAAGUUUGCCCAGAAGGCUUUUACAGUGCAGACGGCUAUGUCAGCAGUGGAUGUAAACCUUGCCCACUGAAUCACUUCUGGAAGACGGCUCGCCUGUGUGAACCGUGUCCAAAUUCUGGGUCUACCAAGGGUGUCUUUGGAGCCAUAAAUAGCUCAUUUUGUUUCGCACCGUGCAUGGCAGGGAUGUAUUCUGACUCUGGCUUUGAGCCCUGUUCAUCCUGUCCAGUCAACUUCUAUGCUGAAGAUAUGAAUAACACAGCUUGUACUGAAUGCCCUCCGGAUAGAUAUACCAACUCGAACGGCAGCGACUCUGCAAGCGAUUGCAGUGAUGAUCUUGCUUCUAUAUGCCCUGCUGACUUCUGCAAUGCGAUGAAUACCAAACCUGGAACAAACUGCUUCAUAAGUGACCAUCGUCCAACGUGCGACUGCAAAGAAGGGUACUUUGGAGACAGGUGCGACACUGUAUGCAAUAGCUGUGCAGCAAAUCCUUGUUACAAUGAGGGGACAUGCAAACAAGAUGGUCUAAGCUACGAAUGUACAUGCAAACCACAGUGCAUCUUUGAGCCACGGAAUCUCACGUAUGAUGACAGUAUCAUUCCUAGUGAGGUAGCCUCCCAAGCGGAAUGUGAGAACCUGUGCCUGGAUGAUGCUGACUGUGUGGCUUAUUUAUACUCGUCCGUUGGUUCUAAGAACUACUGCUUCAGGCAUUCCACCGUUGUUGAGCAAGAUUUUGCCACUGUCGAUCAGGUCGGAGCUGAAAAAAUCUGUGACUACACCAGCUUGUUUAAUGGCACUCGGUGCGAGAACGACCUCACAAUGGACUGCACCGACAGCACCUGCGAUUCAGCGGGAGUCUGCCGAGAUCUGAUCAAUAAAACCGAAUGUGUGUGCCCCCGGGAAGGAUCCUAUGAUGACAGAUGUGAAAAACCAGCUGACCUUUGCGAAAACGACCCGUGUGUAAAUGGAGACUGCUUCUCGUACGAUGCAGUUCGCUUCGUCUGUGAAUGUCCACCGGGGUACACAGGAGACACGUGUGAUGACAAUAUCAAUGAUUGCAAGACCAAUGAGUGUCUUUACAACGGGACAUGUGAGGAUGCGGUGGACGGCUACACGUGUACAUGCCUAACAGGUUUUGAUGGCGACUGGUGCGAGAAGCGGGCAAAUUUCUGUGACAAUGCCCAGUGCGGUCCCGGUGGUGUGUGCUACAAUGACUAUUUCAAUCUCACUGCGGUUUGCAUGUGCCCAGAACAUUACGAAAAUGAGGACAUUGACAAGUGCACACCUGUGAAAUACUGUGCCGGGGAUCCGUGCAAGUACAACGGAACAUGCAUGGACAAGAUCGGCGGAUUCCAGUGCACGUGUCAAGAUGGCUUCGAGGGAUCUGUAUGCCAGCACAAUAUUGACGAGUGUGCCUCAAACCCUUGUAAGAAUGGCAGCUCAUGCAAAGACCAAGUGAAUGGAUACCGAUGUGAAUGUGCGCCUGGCUUUCAAGGUGUUGACUGUUCCGACAAUAUCAAUGACUGUACCGGCGUUUGUGCUGAAAAUACCAGCAUUGGUUGCACUGAUCUUGUGGAGAACUUUAAGUGCAUCUGCAAACCAGGAUACAUGGGCCAAAACUGUACGGAGGAGAUAGAUGAAUGCAAAUCCGAACCAUGUCUUCACGGAGGGCAAUGUACGGAUCAGGUCAACGGUUACGUCUGCAAGUGUCUGGACGGGUGGACAGGGAAGCAAUGUGAAACGCCUGACAAUUACUGCCAAGUCAACAAUCCGUGUUCCAAUAAUGGAACGUGCCAUAACCUCAUGGACAGGACCUAUUGCCAGUGCCUAGACGGUACUGCAGGGGAGACUUGUGAGUUGUUUAAGGACAUCUGUGACUUGUUUGGGAGCUCCCUAUGCCAGAACAGUGGACAGUGCAAGUCGGGCAAUGGCACCGCGCAAUGCGACUGUGAAACAGCAUACAGCGGAGACUCGUGUGAACUUGAGAAGGACCACUGCUCGGCUCGUGCUUGUGGAUUUGGUGCCUGCAAACUCGAUAAGCUCAGCUUUGUGUGUGAAUGCGAGAAAGUGAAAGAUAAAGGAGGUGAUACUUGCCAGGCACCUAUAAACGCCUGCGACAGUGUGACAUGUCCAGCCGAUGCCACUUGUGUGACAUACACAGAUGCUGAGGGCUACCAGAAAUAUGAGUGUGUGUGUCAAGCGAAUGCGACAGUAGCAGGGGGGGUGUGUAAAGAAACUGACAGAAAUUUUGACCUUGCAUUCACAAGAGACUUCUCCAUGAAAGAUACCUGGCUGAGGUCACAGCGAGGCUUUGAUUUAAGCAGUAAUAAUUCUCUCACCGUUGCCAUUUUUGUUGUGAAUUUGGAACCAGAGUCUGCAGAUCCAGGAAUAUUGGCUCUUGCGAGGUCCGAAGAUGCCAAUGAUAUAGAGUCAGAGGCAUUCCUUUUGCUCACCAAUGAUGAGCUGAGGUUGGGGAAAAGUUCUGAUCCAAACUCCAGACGUGUUAACAUAACAGCUGGUAAAACUACAGACGAGAGAAAAUGGCAUAUGGUAGUGAUUUCAUGGAGGCAAGAUGAACAAGUGGAGCUGACUUUUGACUUCUCCAAAGUUGGGCCGCAUGUUGUCCGAAUUUCUCCGCCAGAAAGUGGGCAUGUCUUUGUGUACCUCGGGAACAAGUUCAGUGGCUACAUAUCGCAAGUGUCAGUGUGGAAUACAGCGCUUGACAACUCGGAGGCUCUUAAAAUCUAUGGCGAUAGUUCCAAAAUCCCCAAACCGGAUGAUUUGCUGCUUGGCUGGACCCCGUACGAAUACCACCCACUGGUCUACGUGCAACCCAAACAGCCAACAAUAACUAUAUAUAAUACAACUGCAUGCAGCUUCCCUGCCACUAUUGCAUCGAGUGAUCUUUGCCCAGAUGUAUUUGGCAAGAAAGAGAAACCCAGACUGACAAUGCCAGAAAAAUGUGGGGAAGAGCUGCUCUUCAAGCCGGCGCGAGAAGCUCAUCAAGUGCCAGAGAAUGACCUGCUCAAGCUUACCUUCCAGGAUGGGGCCACGGAAAUACAAGGCUCAGGAAAUAAGGGUCAGGCCUUCACAUUCGGAGCCUACGACAUCGCUGUUUCGGCCAAAGACUCAGAUGGAAAUGUUGGAGUGUGCAUGACAAGAGCUUACAUCACAUCACAAGAGUGCAAGGACACUGAACCCACGGAGAAUGUAGAAGACUGUUCAGACUUUGAGGAUGGCAAGAAAGUCAAAUGUCCCACGGGCCAACAGCCCAGUGUUCCCACACCGGCUUAUGUUAGAUGUGGCGCGCUGCAAAGCUACAACUUGAAUAAAGACAUGGAGUACCCACCCAGGAUUGUUUGCGGAGAAAGCAGUGAAGGCAAGGUGACUGUCACAGUACAGCUUUCAUACACUGUGCAGAUCUCCUGUAACACGGGCAGCAUAAAAUCUGGUUUGGCGGACAAAGUGAAAGAACUGAUCCAAGCAUUGGCGAGGAAAUGGGAUGCCAUCUGCUUGCCCUCGGUAGACGACUGUUUGAAUGUCGACGUGUCUGCUGAAUGUGGGGCAACUUCUGACAGCAUCAUCGUCACAGCUGUCUUGAACAACUUGAGCCCCAUUUUGACUCCAACUGGCCUUACCUCGAGACGUAGAAGAGACACUGAAGCAGUGAGCAUGGGAAACAAUCGCACGGCGAUGGAAGUACUCAUGGAAGCUGUGCACGGACGCACCGACUUUGAUGCCAGCGAUAUAGGUGGGGCACAACUGCAGGUGUCUACAACCCAGUUUUCCGAGGUUGCUUCGUGUGCAGGGAAUAGAGUGCUGAUUGGGGCCAACUGUGUCACGUGUGGCCCUGGCUCCUACUACUCUGAGAACGCGACCUGUGAAUUAUGCGAGAGAGGCUCCUACACCAGCGGCCCCAACGAGACGUCGUGCACCAAGUGUAGUGACUCGAAGACAACUCUUCAAGCUGGAAGCAACAGUGACGCAGAUUGUGUUGAAAACUGCAGCCUGGGUUCAUUCUACAACGUGACUUCGGGCUCUUGUCAACAAUGCUUUCGCAACUUCUACCAGGAUGAAUCUGGAAGACAAUAUUGUCAUCCAUGCCCAGUUUCACAUGGAACAGAACAGGGAGGGGCUAACAGUUCAAGUUUAUGUGUUUCGUUUUGUGAUCCUGGCUUUGAGAUCGAAGCUUCUGGCUGCGUGGAGUGUGAGCGUGGCUAUUUCCGAGAGGGCGUCAUUCAAGACCAAUGUAAAAAGUGCCCGGACUCCAAUUUCACAACUCGAGGAAACGGCAGCACGAGUCAGGAUGAUUGCAACAUUCCGGUGUGCCCACCUGGCCAGUAUGUGAACCAUACGGUCAGUGACACGUAUGUGUGUCAGGACUGCGACUAUGGGUUGUACCAAGAUGAAGAAGCCCAGUUUAGCUGCAAGCCUUGCCAGGAAAACUACACCACAGACAAUGUCAGAGCCAAAGACAGCUCGAUGUGUCGCUUUGUAUGUCCCCCUGGUCAUGAAGAGUCACCAGCAAACUCCAUGCAGUGCAAGCGCUGUCCAAGAGGAACGUACCGUGGAGACAGCCUCCAGGAAAGAUUCCAGAACUGCACAGAAUGUCCACUACAGAACACCACCGACGGGGAUGGCAAGACGUCAGCUGCAGACUGCUAUCAAGCUGCGUGUGAUGCGGGCGACUUCUUAAAUGCAACAGAGAAUGUGUGUGAGCCAUGUGGUUAUGGCACGUACCAACCAGACAAAUGGCAGUCGGGCUGCCUGAACUGCAAUCAGAGCUUCAGCACUUUGACCAAAGGCUCCACAAGCUCGGCUGACUGCAAAUUUACGUGUCCAGAGGGCCAAGAGGAGUAUCCUCCGAACUCUGAGACCUGCAGAGAAUGUCCAAGAGGGUAUUACCGCAACGAUUCACUCUCCACACGGUUUGAGAACUGCACAAAAUGUGGUGACGAGUUCACCACUAUUGGUGCUGGAAGUGUCUCAAGCAGUAACUGUUCUAUUCGUAUCUGUGAAGCUGGCAGUUAUCGUAACGAAACGGACAACUUGUGCUAUGAUUGCCCAAUUGGCUUCUACCAAAGUGAACGCCUGCAAGAUUCAUGUAUGGCAUGUCCGGCCAAUCAAAGCACAGUAGACAUGGGUUCUGAGAAAAAUUCAUCUUGCAAAUACACGUGCCCUGCUGGCUAUGAGGUGAACGACUCGCAAGAUGGCUGUGUCGCUUGUCCCCGUGGCACGUACAAAAAUAGCAGCAUGCCGUUUGGCAUGUGCAUGAACUGUUCAGAUUCAAUGUUCACAACAGUAGGAGAGACCAGCACAUCUGCCGAUCAAUGUAACAUAAAGGUUUGCUCGAAGGGUUAUAUCUUGUCUGCGAGCAACCAGGACUGCAUCCCCUGUGGCCUUGACACUUACCAGGACGUAGACCUCCCUGUGCCCUCUACUGAAUGCCAAACGUGUAAAAAUGGCAAAGGAACAGUCUCAAAGGCAAGCACUGCACCAGAUGACUGCAAAGUUUUCUGCUCGGCCGGCCAGGGAUUCAAUUCGACAACGAGUUCGUGUGAGAACUGCCAGCGGGGAUACUGGAACAACGGAAACUCAAGUCUGAGAUUUGAAAGCUGUCAGUCCUGUCCUGAAGACUUCACCACAGAGGUUUUGGAGAAUGCCACAGACAUUGCGAACUGCUCGCUACGCGACUGUCCACCGGGGUCUUUCUUCGACACAAACAAUGACGAUGAUUGUACGCUUUGUCCUGUUGGUUCCUACCAGCCCCUGCCAAGACAACGGGGUUGUAUGCAGUGCCCAAUAAACAAAAACACCAGUGGGGAUGGAGCAGUGAACGCCAACGAAUGCACAGUCUUUUGUCAAGCGGGACAAGAGGAGAGGAUGGAAAACUGCACCAGCUGCAAGGAGGACUUCUUCAAGGAACUGCCCGGGUUUGGACCAUGCACUGCAUGCACCGGAGACUACACGUCGACCGAGGAUGAUAGAUCAGCCUGCAACUCGUUGUUCUGUGACUAUGGGAGAGGAUACAGCAAUGGCUCUUGUCAGACCUGCGCUCAGGGCUUCUUCAAGGAUUCUCGAGGAAACUUUUCUUGCCAACAGUGUCCUGGAAAUACAACCACCAUUGGAGAGGGAAGCAGAUCUGAUAGUGAUUGUUCGCAAGUCUUCUGUGUACCUGGUUUCUACUCUCCGGACAAUGUUACUUGUGCCCCGUGUCCCAUGGCUUCCUACAAGAAUGUGAGUGGGAACCAUGAGUGUACCGCAUGUGAAGACAGAAUCACCACAGCGGGCAUUGCAAGCACCAAAGCAUCGGACUGCUAUCUCAAAAUCUGUGAAAUUGGACAGGCGAGGAGCGACAGUAAUGUGUGUGAAGAAUGUGAAAUAGCUUAUUACCAGGAUGAAGAAGGCCAAGAAGCUUGCAAGAAGUGCCCGAAUGACACAACAACUCUACAGAAGGGUUCUACAGUGGAGACCGAUUGCCGUGUUGUCUGUGAUCCUGGCUACUUCAGAAACGACUCUAUCAACGAAUGCAUGCCGUGCCCUAUCGGACAAUUUCAAGGCUCUAAGGGUUCCAACUCCUGUAUUCCGUGUGGAGAGAAUCAGACAACCGACCAGGAGGCUUCUGCCACAGACUCAGAUUGUCGAGUGACAUGCCCUGUGGGAUAUUUCCGAGAGAACAGUGCCACAUGCAAGCCUUGCGCAGUAGGAGAUUAUCAGCCCUCAUUUGAUCAAGAAAGCUGCCUUUCAUGUGGACUCAUAAGUGGGCGGCCUGCCAGUACUUUCAAUAUGGGGUCCGAAAGUCAAUCUGAUUGCUUCCCUAAAUGUGAAGCAGGAAAAUACUUGAUAAGGGAUUCACGGACUUGUCAAGAAUGUGCCGUGGGUACAUACAAAAGUUUCGAGAAUCUCGACACAAAAUGCCAGCCGUGUGGAAACCUAACCACAGCCUCCACCGGUGCUACAGGGCCAGAUUUCUGUCAGUUUGCUGUUUGUGACCGGGGUCACUACCGUCCAUCUGGAUCGGAGACGUGCAGCCCAUGUCCUGAAGGAACGUACAGGAACGACACUACACUCCGCAAUGCUACCAUGUGCAUGAACUGCCCGGGCGGGUUCACGACCCUCAUCACUGGAGCCACUGAUCCAGAUCGCUAUUGUAUUGUGGAGUGCGGAAAUGGUCUCGAGUUCAACAUUUCGAUGAGUGGGCAGCCGGGCGCCAACGAGACCAGCAGUGCCUGUAUACCAUGUCCGGUGGGACAGUUCAGGGAUGCCAGCACCUCCAAAGUUUGCCGAUACUGUCCUGCAGGGCAGACAACACUAUCGGAGGGUCAAAGCUCAUGUAUUUCAACCUCAAUCCCCCCUCCCAGUGUGACAACUGUGCAGGUGACAGUGGUUGCUGUUGUGGUCGUAACUUCAUGUAACAACAGAUUGCCAGUAGUCACGAAGAUACGGGAAAUCUUUUUGCAGCUCAUCGCUACCAAAAGACAGAGUGUGAACGGUCUGUGCCCUGACCCUCAGUGUUCCAACGUCAUUGUAGACACCUCGAACAUUUGUCCCAGUUCUCGGAGGAAACGGCGUUCGGCAGGCAAUGAAGUCGAUGUGACAGUGACUGUCAAUAAUGUGGACUCGUUGCUCCAAGACAGUGUGCAAAAUACUGCCCGUACAGCCAAGGCUGUUGUGGAAGAGGCUGUCUACGACCUGACCGGAGUCCAGGAGGAUUUGAUUACCAAUGGCAUUGAAGUUGCUUCCGCUCAGGCUCUGACUUCAUGCUAUGCAGGAUCUGAAACAAGUUCUAUUGAUCCAAACGUUUGCGAACGAUGUGCAGCGGGCAGUUUUUCAACAGCAGGCUCACGGUGCCAGCUGUGUACCAAGGGAAGCUACUCAGUCUCGGCAGGCAGUACUGACUGCACAAGUUGUCCAGAAUUUGAGACUACUAGAGGGCCAGGAGCCUACACUGCCUCCAAUUGCAGUGGGCCAUGUGCCUUCGAAACAAGCUAUUGUGGACAGUACGGACAGUGCCAGACAAACAGUGCUGACAAAUCUGUGUGUGUCUGCGACAGCAAACAUACCGGGCCAGACUGCUCUGUGGAUAAACUGAGAGAAUCGCCUGAUGAGGAUAACACUACGCUUGUGGCAGCCAUAUGUGGGGGAGUGGGUGGCUUCCUGCUUUUGGUUGGCAUUAUCGUCGGCUGCGUGUCAUGCAUGAGGAGAAAAGCUGCUAAAGGAAACGGGAAGUCUUCCAAGGACAAGAGUCUGGUGUCGGAGACAGAGUUUGUGGACUACAGAAUGCAGGGCUACAAUAACAACGCCGUCAUGCUGGUGGACCCGACCAUGUACAACAUGGAGAUGCAAGACUUUUACGACAGCGAGCCCGCCAACAGGGAAAAUGGAUUCUCCUCGAGGGAUGGAAGUCAGUCUUAUCACGGUGAUGUGGGAUUACGACGCUCGGGCAGGCCCCGGGACUGGUAACGCGGAUGAAUCCGUUACGACAAUAGGACGACAUCAUCGCUUAGCGUUUUGAAUUCUGGCAGUUAUAACGCAAUUACCUUUGUCAUUUUGUUUUGUUGUUGGAAAACUUAAAGAGAAUGGUGCUUUCCUAAGUCAGCUUAAGACUUGAACAAAUGUGAAAAUGUUUCAACUGUAGGGUUUUUAGUACACGAAACAAACCCUGCUUCAUUGAGGGUAUGAAACAAGUAACUCGCAUUUUUACAGUACCAAUAACGAGAAAGAUGAUAAAAAUUACUGAGGAGUUUGUGUUAUGAUUGUAGUUUGAGAGUGUAUAACAAUAACAUUGCAAGACAUGUACUUUUACUUGAAAAUUUGUUUGACAAAUCAGUUUGUGCCUUGUGUAUGAUUUCUGAGCUCUUUUACACCACCCAAGUACCUGCGAGCAAUAAAAGAGAAUGUGAGGUCGGGAAAUGAAAGCGUGACGAUGAUUGGACAGUACUCCAAGUUCUUUGCUUAGUUUAAGACAUGAAAGAUUAUUGAAGCUUCAUUUCCUAAAACAGAUCAUACUUGUCCAAUGCCAGCAUUUACUAUAUAAUAUAUACCAAGUUAUAUAUCUCAAGUGCCAACUUUACCUUGUCAAAUGUUUUAAUCGCAUCUGCAAGCUUAUUUCGAUCUUGUAUUAUCCAUUCUUAUUUCAAUGCGCACAACGUCUAAAUAGGAACUGUUUAAAGCUGUGAAAAGAAUAAUUAUUUUGCUACUAAAUCCUAUUAAAAUAAGGAGAGGAAUAAUAUUAUUGUCAUUAUUUUGUGUCUAUGGCUUUCAAUUUUGCCUCAAGACCCAACUGCUACACAAUUCUGAAUACACACUUGUACAUAGUUUGCCUAAUCCAUAGAGGAUAUAUGAAACAUUCCUCCAACCAAAAA